AUGGCCCGCUCUUUAACACCCCAACCUCAACUCCUCCUCUCCCACAACCACCACCCUCCUCCUCCUCUCCACCUCAACCCCAUAAUCACCCGUUGCUCCCUCCUCCUCUCCAACACUUCACUCUCCCUCACCACCACCACUCCACCACCACCCUCACUAGCCUCUCCUCCACUUGACACCACUAUCACCGACCGUAUCUUCAUGGACUUCAGCCUCUGCCCCACCACUUUCCUCCCCAACACCAACCCAACUCUCUCCCCUGACCCCUCCACUCCUCUCUACACUGAAUCCUUCCUCUUAGGCUGCCUCAUUCUUGGCCUCUAUGGCCACCUCGUCCCUCUUACUGUCUCCAACUUCAGUCUAUGUGUUCCUCCACUUCCUCUUCCUUAUACAAGAACACCCUCGUCCACAAAAUAUUUCCACUAA